GCUCAGCGUGCCGAAAGAUGCGUAGAACAGGCGGAAAGCCUGUUCCAGCAGGUCGAGGCUGAGGUGACAAAACAGGCGGAGGUCAACCAGAAGGCGGCUCGAGAGAUUGUCCAACUGAGACGCUGGCUGACGGUCUGGGAGCAGUCGAUGGCGGCUCUGGAGGAGCAGGCCCGCACGGCCCGGGCCGUCAGUCUUGUCGAGCUGCAGAGCCUGGAGGAGAACAGCGACGGUGACGAGAGUGUCUUUUUCGAAGAGGAGGCCGGUGGGCUCGGGGAGUACGACGAGGUGGAGGCGUUGGCGGAGGAGGUCGAGGCGGAGGUUGUCAUUGGACACGGCGAGCCUCGUCCCCCUCGGGACUCGAGCCAGGCCCCUGGCCAACAGUGCCACGAGGCGGUCGAACUGGUACGUCGUGGCCGGCAAAUGGCCGUCGAUCUGGACGCCAAACAGGCGCUGCUGGGCCAACCGUUCUCGGGCGAGCCGGGCCGACAAGUGGCCGAGGUGGCGGAGGCUGGGCGCCGCGACGAGUCAGUCGGACUCUCGGGGGCCGGUCAACUCGACCGAGUCCAGUUGGGCCGCGCAUUCGAGCGCGCUCGGACGCGUGUCCAGCAGUUUCUCGCC